AUGACGUUGAGUGAGUACAGCGCCGUUAUAAUCACUUUGUUAACGUCAGAGUUGCAUAAAGAUGACCAUCACAUCAUACUAAUGUAGUAGGCCUACCAUAAUAACCGGUUAUGACAUUUUGAAUGAUCCGCAAAUAAACUCUUUGUGGAUGGCUCAAUCAUAGGCUCAUCUUGGGAUUUAAAUGCGCUAGUGUUUGUGUGGUAACAACCUUGCUCGAUGUUGUUUUUACAUCUUGGAAAUGUCAAUGAAUAGUCUUAGCAUAAAGUGUAAUAAUAUGAUUUUAACACCAAGGAAGGAUUGUAUUGGGUUGGUAAAACCAAAGGGCAAGAGGAGCCAUGUGAAUUUGUAUGCAGCUGCUGUAGCUUCUAUCUCCUCCCACACUGCACGCAGCAUUGGCCUCCUUGUGACUUUAUACUAUAUGAAUGGACCCUUUUCUCUAUUGAUUGCACAACAAGAAACGUUCAUAUAAUUCCCAUAAGCAUUGUGGGAGAAUAAGUGUUAUUUCUAUUCUAUUCUUUCCUCCCCCAAGGAUGUUUCUACGGCUACAUCCAAGAUGCUGUGUCUGCAUUUACUUAUAACUGCUUGGUUGCAUUUCAAUCCAAUGUUUUGUCCUUCUCUUUCUUCUUUCCAGACUGCCUGGGGUCAAAAGUAUUUGUUCCUAUUAAAUCAGACAUCAGUGGCAAUAUAACAGUAAGUAUGUUUUCGACACACUCUAAUUGUGCCUUAAAAUAAGAGUAACCCUACAGCAACAUAUGCCUAUAACAAAUGCCUACGUCUAUACAUUUUGUUGGUAAUAUUUUCCUUCCAGAAAAUCAGAAGUGUGUAUGACAAGGACCCUGCCAAGUAUGCAACACUACAGCAGAUAGUGGAGUCAGAGAAGGAGGCAUACGGCACAGAGUGGCCCAAAGUGGGAGCCACCUUGGCCCUGAUGUGGCUGAAGAGGUGAGCUCAGAAUCAUCUCAUCUGAAUGUGUUUAAGGCUGCCUUUACACAGGCAGCCCAAUACUGAUCUUGUUUUCACAAUUCUGAUAUUUUUUUCACUAAUUGGUCUUUUGACCAAUCAGGUCAGCUCUGAAAAAGUUCUGAUGUGAAAAAAUCUGAUGUGAUUGGUCAAAAGAUUGAAUUGGGCUGCCUAGAGGCGGUGAAAUGGUGUGCUUAUUUCUAGAUAGAGAUCUGCACGUCUUGAAUAAUGUUGUGUCUGAAAUCAAAUGAGUUAAGAUGAUUGUCCUCUCUCCCGCAGAGGUCUCCGUUUCAUCCAGAUCCUGCUGCAGAGCUUGGCAGACGGAGAGAAAGACGAAAACAACCCUAACCUCAUCCGUGUCAACAUCACCAAAGCCUACGACCAGGCCCUGAAGAAAUACCACGGCUGGCUAGUGCAGAAGAUAUUUAAGGCGAGACCAUGUGACUAGAGUCAUGUGGUAGCAUAGUCUUGACCUAUCCUUUUACCCGUGACUUGGUGUUCUACUUAACCCUGGUUCUCAAGCACCUCUGAGUGUAUUUAUUUCAUAUUGAACUUAAUUCACCCAAAGCGAAACAUUUAUACAUGUAAUAACUGAAAACUACAGAAUUGAAUUUGAAUGUAGAUUAACUGCUCAGCCAAGGUGUAGUAACUAUGUAACAACUGGAUUGAUCUUUGUCCCCUCCAGGCGGCGUUGCUUGCAGCACCCUACAAGUCAGACUUUAUAAAGGCCCUGUCAAAAGGUCAAGAGGUCACAGAGGAGGACUGCAUGGCUAAUGUACGCCAGUUCCUCGUCAAUUACACGGCCACAGUGGAUGCCAUCUAUGAGAUGUACACAAUGCUGAAUGCAGAGCUGGACUAUAGCGUUUGAUGUCCCCCAUACUGGACCGCAGCAGCAUCCUGCAUGUUACUUUCUUUCAGUCUUCUAUUUUUCAUCCUUUCUCUCGGUGAUGGAACAUUCCAGCUUUUGAGGAUUGAGGACUUUAUUUCAAAGAAGCCAUUUUUAUUAGUGUGACCAUUUUUAUGAUUCAUUUUAUUUCCCUCCUUUUAAGUCCCUCCCUACUGAAUGUUGAUAGCUUGGCCCCUGGUGAGGUGCUGCUGGAGGGAAAGUGGCAUAUUCCGUGUUGAGUGUUUUCUAAAUUCAAGAAAUGUAAAAAAGGCAGGAAUGGUACAGGUCUUGUUGUUUAAGCCUAUUAAGCAGUCUGCUGCAGUUACACAUGAUCCACUAUCAGGUAAGAGACAUUUAGAAGUGAUAUCCUGAGAGCUGGUCAGUGUUAUUCUAGGACUGUAUCUCUCUGUGGGAGGGGAGAGUGUUUCUGCUAAUGAUUCAAGACUCAUGAAAUCCCUACUGUAACUCUGCCCUGAAACAUGAGAUAGUACCCUCACUGCCCUGUAGCUAGGGGAAAAGUCAACUACCCCGUGCCUUUAGAGAUUUUAACCAGCAUUAGUGGUUUUAAUGCUUAGUGCUGUCUAUUGUGUGAUGUUUUGUUUGUGGCUUUUGCAUGUUUGUUAGAACAACUGAAUCUUUGAGUAGGGUUGCACUUCCUUCAUGUCUUUUUGAAAUACAUAUUUUCAAUCCCUUCAAUUUUUUCGACACAUUAUGCAUUUGACAUUUUAGUCAUUUAGC